GUCUCCUUAAUCCCAACCAAUUAAUUCCAGAGGMAAUUUCUUGUUAUGAACUGUAUAGCGUCCAGAGCAAAUUCCAUCUUCGUUUUACUUCCAUGUGGGUUCCUUUAAUCAGGUCAGUUUCUCGCCGUAAUUUGCGCAAACACGACCUUAUUAUCCGAUUUAGUUCAGUUUCGUCACUUUCCCAGUUAACUUUCUCCGACGUCUCGGAUUCUAGUUCAGACGAAAACUGCCCAAUUCCCCAACAAAACCAUAGUACUAAUUCAAUCGAACAUGCCCACCAAGUGUUUGAUAGAUAUACACUUAUUGAAACCUUACAACACUUGGAAAGAAAACCCAAGACUGCGUUGUUUCUAAUUACCCAUUUGAAAGAAUGUGGAUUUAUGCAUGAUGUUGUAACUUAUAUGGCUAUUAUAAGGUUUUUGUGUUACCGGGGUAUGAUGAGGAAGUUAAAGGUUUUGUUUUUGGAGGUCAUUGAGAAUAAAAAUGGAGUAUUUGGUUUUGAAGUUUUUGAUUUGUUCGAAGAAUUAUUGAAAGAGAUCAAUGUGGAUGGCAAUAAUUUGCUUGUUAGAGCAGUUGAUGUUCUGGUUAAGGCUUUCAUUAGUGUUCAUCAGUUUGAUGAGGCUUAUGAUGUGUUAUUGAAGAUACAGGGUGGAUUUCUUCUGUCUGUGCUUACUUGUAAUCUUUUUCUGAACCGGUUGGUUGAAGAAGGCAAAGUUGACAUGGCCAUGAUGGUUUAUCAACAUUUGAAGAUGAAAGGUUUCCUUCCAAAUGUGUACACAUAUGGGAUUGUGGUUAAAGGACUAUGUAGGACAGGUUGUGUGAAAGAAGCUGGGGAUGUUUUAGAAUCAAUGAAGGAAGCUGGAGCRGAGCCUAAUAUGUUCACUUUUGGUUCCUAUAUUGAUGGGCUUUGCUCAAAUGGCUACACAGACUCGGCUUUUGAGUUGCUUAAAAUGUUGAAAGAGCCGGGCUCACUCAUUGAUGUUUUUGCUUAUGCUUCUGUCAUUCGUGGCUUUGUAAAAGAGUUGAAGUUACAGGAUGCAGAAAACGUCUUUUUUAACAUGAAACAAGCAGCAAUUGUCCCAGACGCAUAUUGUUACGGCGCCUUAGUCCAAGGGUACUGUCAGAGAGGCGACAUUCUUAAGGCCUUGGAUCUUCAUGAUGAAAUGUGUUCAAAGGGUAUCAACACCAAUUGUGUGAUUAUGAGCUCAAUUAUGCAAUGCUUGUGUCAUAUGGGGAUGUCAUCUGAAGCUGUAUACCAAUUCACUAAUGCAAUAGAAUCUGGAGUUUUUCUUGAUGAAAUCUCCUUCAGUAUUGCAAUUGAUGCUCUAUGUAAACUAGGGAAAAUGGGUGAAGCGAUGAUGUUGCUGGAAGAGAUGAAACGUAGGAAUAUGAACCCAGAUGUUAAGCUCUACACCACUUUGAUUAAUGGAUAUUGUCUCCAAAAAGACCUUCAAAGUGCUUUGAAUAUCUUCAAUGAGAUGAAUGAGAAGGGCGUGAAACCUGAUACCAUUACUUUCAAUGUGCUUGUUGGCGGGUUCUCAAAAUGUGGCCUUUUUGAGGAGACAAACAUUCUUUUAGAUAAUAUGCUAGCAUUAGGUUUAGAACCCACAAGUGCUACAUAUGACAUUGUCAUUGAGGGAUUAUGCAAGGGUGGAAAAGCGAAGGAAGCCGAAGCAUUUUUUAAUUUUCUUGAAAGAAAAAGCUCGAGUAAUUAUGCUGCUAUGAUGAACGGAUACUGUUACACAAAGAACGUAAAAGAAGCGUAUGAACUUUUUCUUAAGUUGUCCAAAGAAGGAAAGGAAAGGCUUUUAUCUGCAAAAGCUUCUUGUUGUUCGAAACUUCUUAGUUGCCUUUGUGAAGAAGGUGAAACCGAUAAAGCUCUGAUGCUAUUUAAAACAAUAUUGGCAUCAGAUAAUGGUCCUUCUAAGAUUAUGUAUAGUAAACUUCAAUCUGCAUAUUGUCAGGCUGGAGAUAUAAGGAUGGCCAGAUGGGUUUUCGAUAUGAUGAUCGCAAGAGGAUUAAUGCCUGAUGUUAUUAACUACACGAUUAUGAUAUAUGGCUAUUUCCGGGCGAGUUGCUUAACAGAAGCCAAUUAUUUUUUCAAUGAUAUGAUAAAUCGUGGUAUACAACCUGAUGUUGUCACUUACACAGUAUUGUUCGACGGGGAAUCUAAAGUGAAACGAAAAAGUUCGACUAGGGGAGAGAGUGGGAGAGAAGAAAUGGGUUUGUCAAGAUAUUUAACCAAACUGCAAGAGUUCGUUCCUGAUGUUAUUUGCUACACUGUUCUGAUUGACUAUUACUGUAAAUCAAAUAACCUCAAAGCUGCCAUUUGUCUCUUCAAGGAAAUGAUUGAUAGAGGUCUUCAACCAGAUACUAUAGCAUACACGUCUCUAAUAAGUGGCUAUUGCUAUGACGGUUUUGUGGAAAAGGCUAAAACACUUCAUUGUAAGAUGGUAGCGGAGGGGGUCCAACCAGAUUCACAUACCAUGGGAGUACUGGAGAUGGUGAAGGGCAAGAAGAUGCGAUUUAAGUGCUAAGGACUUUUUGGCAACUCUUAGCUAGUUCGAGAGGGAUCGGUGGGGAACCCGACUCACCCGACCUGAAUGGGAUGGAGAUUCCCCGCUAAAACGAGUCCCGGGGCGGGAUCCCCUGUAGACUCAAAGCGGGGUUGGGGCCGGGGCCGGGUAUUGUAACCCCAUGCCGCCCCGGACGCUGUAUACUAAUAUUCAAUUAUUCAUUUAUACUAUUUGAGCUUUCAGCUUUGGAAAUUCUGGGCCUUGUUGCUGUUGGACAUCAGGCCUUCAGCCCUCUGCCGAUCGAGGUC